AUGUCUUCACUACCUAGUAGCUCCUCGGAGACGGGACACCGAAAUGUCCACAAGUGGUAUUUCACCAAGGAAGAGGCAGCCAACACAGCGAGUAUUCGCGACGGGUUUACACCAGAAAAAGAGUUGACCUAUCGGCAGCAAGCAACUCGAUUCAUACAGAUGAUGGUGGAUCAGUUGAACCACAACGUCCGUGACCAAAGAGGGAAGAUGUGGUUCUUCGGAUUUACCACAGUUUGUUUCCCAUUGGACAUUGCUGCCGCAUGUUUGUUCUUAGCGGGCAAAAGCGAAGAAUGUCCGAGAAAAUUGGAUCACAUUGUACGAGUGUGGUGGGCAAAGAAAUUCGACCGUCAUCCAACUAUUCCAAGUAACAAUGUGCGUUUCUUACUAUACAUUAAGUUUACACAACAUCCAUUAAAUAACAAGAAACUUACAGAGUCAAUUUCCCUUUUUUUUUUUGUUUUCGAAGAAGAGCGGAGACGAGGCAACUGUUUUACUUCUUUCUUGUUACAUUUCUGCUUUUCCGAUGUGUAUACCAUACACUUGAGGAUUUUCCUAGUCAACAAAAAACAAUCGUCUAAUUUUUCCUUUUGUUUCUUGUUUCUUAAUGGGUUUAUGUUCUAUAUGAAUCUGCAGGGAAAGGGGUUCGUCACGCCUAGGCCUAGGGUUAGAAUGAUAUCCUGUUUGACAUGA